AGCGCCCAGUUGCAUUUUGGCGCUCGUCGCAAGCGAUUCGCAUGGGCCGCAGUACCCAACUGGAACUUCAGCUCCAACAUCAACUCCAACUCCUACUUGAACUCCAUCUUCAACGUUGCGCACGCGCUCUACGAAAGCGAAACUUGAACGGAAACCAAAUCCGAAACAGAAACUGAAACUGAAACCCAAACCAUAACCGUUAAUAGUGUCUGCCUCCAGGCCACCCAACUUUAGCCAGCUUCUGCUUCUUCGAGCAGCAACAGCAGAGUUACCUCCAUCAUUAUAUAACCGAGGGCACGGGCCCACAGCCUAAGAGCGAGUCACAGUUUCCGAGUCAGUCUUCGACUUGGCUUCUGCACACAAAUCGAGGCAGAAACGCCCACAGUUGUUGGCUAAUUAAUGCGCAGAGCGAGAACGCGAAUGUGAGUGAGAGAGUGUGAGCGAGAGAGCAAGAGAGCGAACGAGCGAAAAGAAAAGUGAAGCUGGGAAAUCUCGUAAAUUAUAAUAUUUAAAGGCAUUAAAAAAGGUCUAAACGGCGAAUGCGUGUUAUUAAAAAGUCAAGCAGACCAAGCCGAGUUAAAGUCACAAGUUGAGUUGCUUCAGUUGCGAGCGUAAGCGUAAGCGUGAAAGUGAAAAGCCAACAGCAACGUAACCGUCAGUAACAAUAGUCGACUGUUGAUCACCAUCAUCAUCACCAACAGCAACAGCAACAGCAACUAACAGCAUCAUCAGGAUACCGCUAACAGCAGCUGCCAUCUUUCAACUUCCAAGUACCAACUAGCAACUACCAACUGUCAUCACAAGCCGCAGCCAAGUCACAGCCAAGCCCCCUCUUCAUCUUCGUCUUUGUCUUCAUCUGCAUUUGCAUCUGCUACUGACUCUUUGGGUCAGUCAUGCGCGCCAUGAGCCGCUAAAGUUGCGCUGAGUUGCUCCACGAGAGCAGCGACCAAAAUGAAGAUGAAGCUGAAGCUGAUGAAGCUAUCGUCGCCACAAGCACAAUUGCAAGUGCAAGUGCAAGUGCAUUGGCUGCUCUUUCUCCUGCUUCUGCUCGUGCAACAGACCACACCCUUUGAGACAGACUGCGGCUGUCGAACGGGUCGUAGAAGUGGACGGAUUAUUUCAGGCGCUGCCACCAACGAAGGACAGUUUCCUUGGCAGGCAUCCUUGGAGCUGCUGCACCCAUCGCUGGGCUUCCUUGGUCAUUGGUGCGGGGCCGUGCUUAUCCAUCAGUACUGGAUACUCUCAGCCGCACACUGCGUGCACAACGAUCUCUUUAACCUACCCAUUCCGCCGCUGUGGACGGUGGUUCUCGGUGAGCAUGAUCGCAACUUUGAGUCGGGCAACGAGCAGCGUAUUCCCGUCGAGAAGAUUGUACUGCAUCAUCACUACCACAACUUUCGCCACGAUGUUGUGCUCAUGAAGCUAUCGAAGCCUGCGGAUCUCUCGCGUUCCUCACACAUUCGUCGCAUUUGCUUGCCCUUCAUGCUGAGGGAACCGCAAGAGACGCCGGCUCCUCCACAGGAUGAUGUGCUUAACCAGCAAUUGGAGUUGGACGAUGUGCCUGAAAAAAUUGACAAUUUUCUUCGCAGUGUGCAGAGCAGAAGACGUUACCGGAACGUCACAGCUCCCAGUUCCAUAGACAUGUCUAUGCGGGAACUGAUGAACAUGAAGAUACUGAAUCGAUUGCGUCAGGCAUUAAGACAAUCGGAGCGUUCUCCGCGUAGCACAAAGCGCACAAGACGGCGCAAUGACAAGUUAAUGAAACUCAAGCUGGAGUCGGAGGACUCGGACUUGGGAGAGCGGGAUGAUACCCGGAAUAUGCCCUUCUUUGACUGUGUGGCCACAGGUUGGGGCAAGGCGAACAUAAGUGGGGAUCUGUCCAAUGAGCUGCUUAAGACGCAAGUUCCGCUCCACCAGAAUCGUAGGUGCAAGGAUGCUUAUGGCAGCUUCGUCAAUAUACAUGGCGGCCACCUCUGUGCUGGGCAGCUCAAUGGUCAGGGAGGCACUUGUGUCGGAGACUCAGGAGGUCCACUGCAGUGCCGCCUAUCUCGAGACGGUCCCUGGAUUCUUGCCGGCGUGACAUCCUUUGGUUCGGGCUGUGCCCUCGAGAACUUCCCCGAUGUCUAUCUGCGCAUCUCGUACUAUUUGAACUGGAUCGAAGACACGAUUGCCUCACAUUAG